GUUCGUUCGGGAGGAACUAGACGACCGGAGUUCCCCCUAAAAUGGUGGCGACACACGGCCUGGCGUAGUAUCACCCGGGAGACGUACGCAAACCAGCACUUUCCCUUCCAACACUCCCUCCUGCCCUCCCCUAUUUUGCCUCGCCUCGCCUCUCAGUUUUCGUUUUUUUUUUCCUCCUUACUAGGCGCCAGCAUUACAUACCACGCUUGCUAGAGCUUAUUUUUCAGUUUAACUGGCUUCGUUGUUUAGCUUCUAAAUAUCUGUUGCUUUUUAUUAAGACGUUUAUUUGCGGAAUCGGGUUGGAAAGUUUCCUUUUUAAUUUUAAAAGCCCGUAAGAUAUAGCAGCCGUCGAACGUGACGUAUUAGUGCUCACAUAGGUUUAUAAUACACGUUUAGCCAGCACCUAAUGUGUCCGCCUAAAUAGCGACCUGAAGGUGGAUUUCGGCCGUCUACAGAUCACGAACAGUGAGUAAAUCCAUAAGUGCUGCCAAAUGAGGGAGGAGAGACGGAAACCAAUAAAAAUAAGAUACAGUGGGUGAUUUUAAGGAGGAACUGGAUUGUGGAGCAUUAGAUUCCCAAGCUGUAUUCUUGCAUCUCUCAAUCAAGCUCCACCCCCUGCUCCCACAAUCCCACAUUUCCACUUCCAUGGCUGUCUGCAUGACCUUGCUGAUGGGAUGACUCCCCCAUCGGGCCAAGGAAGGGGAUCCCAAAGAGGACAGUGUAUAGCUUGAACGUUGUGAAAGAGGCUACGGAAGGUGUCGGGGAUUCAGUCCAGCUGGCCUCUCACCCAGAAUGCCCUUGUGACAACACUCACCACUAAUGACCCAGACACUCCUGGUCUGCUCUUCACGUUUACUCUUCUGCUGCGGUCAAAGUGACUCCACUCUGAACACGUGGAUCUGGGACGCCUGACCAGUGAGAGGAAAUCAGAUCUCCCUGUGCUGCUGCCAUGGCUGUCAGCGUGGCACUGGGUCGUGACCCCAAAUGGCUGACGCUGGAGGUGUGCAGGGAGUUUCAGCGGGGCACAUGUUCUCGCUCUGACGGCGAGUGCAAGUUUGCCCACCCCCCGCGCAGCUGUCACGUGGAGAAUGGCCGGGUUGUGGCCUGCUUCGACUCGCUCAAGGGGCGCUGCACACGUGAGAGCUGCAAGUAUCUUCACCCCCCACCGCAUCUGAAGACGCAGCUGGAGAUAAACGGACGCAACAACCUGAUCCAGCAGAAGACAGCGGCGGCCAUGUUGGCUCAACAGAUGCACUUUCUGCUUCCUGGUGCCCAACUGCAGCCAAUUCCCGCCUUUCCGGCCGCACCCUCCCUAGCCACCAGCCCCAGCAUGGCCUUCAGCCCCUACCUGAGCCAGGUGAGCCCAGGCCUGGGCAUCAUGCCGGAGCUAAUCCCCGGGGGGCCUCUGCUGGUCCCCGGGAGCCCUGGGAGCCCUGGCAGUGGCAGCCCCACACAGAAGCCACCUCGCGUCGACAAGCUGGAGGUGUGCCGGGAGUUUCAGCGCGGCACCUGCACACGGGGCGAGGGAGACUGCCGCUAUGCCCACCCGCUGGAGGCGGCCAGCGAGAAUUUUGUGGUGGUGUGCAUGGACUACAUCAAGGGCCGCUGCACCCGGGACAAGUGCAAGUACUUCCACCCCCCCGCCCACCUGCAGGCCCGUGUCAAGGCCGCCCAGCAGCAGGCCAGCAGCCAGAGCGCCGCUGCCGCCGGAUUGGUGUUGCCCCAUGGCUCCCUUCUGCCCAUCCCAAAGCGGACCUCUGUGGAGAAGAGCAACGGCACCACCAUCUUCAGCCCCAGUCUGUUUCAUUACCAGCAGGCCCUUCCCAGCAUGCACCUGUCGCAGCCUGCCUUCGUCCCCACAGCAGUCCCCAUGAUGCACGGCGCCACGUCCUCUUCACCAGCGUCCACAGCAGUCACUGGCUUGCCAUUCAGCGACUCCGCCAUGUCCUCUCAGAGCCGACCAAGAUUCUGAGUGCCAUGCUGGCCCGGCUUAGCAGCUCCUCCUGCCCUUAGUCCCCGUGAGCCCGAUGAAACCACUGCCAGACACCCGAAGGAUCACCUCCAGACCCCCCAGAUGCACGGCUCGGAGGAGAUGCAUAUCUCUGCUUAUGUAAUGUUCUCCUUGCACCCCAAGGCUCACCGUCAGCACGGCCCAACUCCCUAUUGCAUGCCAAAACAGGAAGUUCACCUUGCCGCACUUCCUCUGGACACUGCAGCCAACUGCUCACAUUCCAACCAGUGCUUUGUAUAACUCUUUACGACCUGUGGCACAUGACUGUUUACCUGGAAUGUAGGGAACCCCAACGGUUCUUGUGUAGUCUUGGUUUGCUGUGUGUCCUCUUUAGACUGUAGUUUGCAGCUCAGCUUUGCGUCCUCUUUAGACCAUAGUCUGCAGCUCAGUUUUGAGUCCUCUUUAGACCGUAGUCUGCAGCUCAGUUUUGCGUCCCCUUUAGUCUGUAGUCUGCAGCUCAGUUUUGCGUCCUCUUUAGUCUGUAGUCUGCAGCUCAGCUUUGUGUCCCCUUUAGUCUGUAGUCUGCAGCUCAGCUUUGCGUCCCCUUUAGUCUGUAGUCUGCAGCUCAGCUUUGCGUCCCCUUUAGUCUGUAGUCU